UUUAGUGUCGGGUUGCGUCCCAACCGCGUCGGAUCACGUGUAGCGACGCACUUACACUUGCGCUUGCGCUUUCCACAUUAUUAUUGUUAUCAACGCUUAGUAUACACGUACUGUUUGAUCGUACUGUGAUCUGUGAUACAAUUUAGUAUUUUUAACGUUUAGUUUUCAACAUUAAAAUGGACACGCAAACGGAAUGGAGCUGAUGAUAGAAUUGUGUUAUUAUCCGUCAGUAUUAACAGUGAUAAAUAGUGAUAGUGAUCGACAUUGUGAUACACAGAUUUCGAGGACAAUCAAGUCGAUUGCCAGAUAGCGGUGUCGUCGGUUGUGAUAGAUCACAGAGACUGUACUGGUUUCAUCACUAUAUUAUCACGAGAUCAUCACGCAGGAGAUUUCGUAUUAUUAUCGUCUGGUACGAACAAUAUGAACUCGCUUCGUAGUACAAAAGCAACGUGAGGCUGGUUUGAAAGUAAAUCCGUGCAACAUGCUAAGACUGAGCUCGAUCGCUUUCGUCUAGUGAUUGAGCGAACCCGGACUGAACUAUUGACUGCUGGAGAUGCGGAUAGGAGAGUGGACUUACAGUGCGUGUGUAUAAAAGCGAUGCAUGGUGUGUGAGAUCGGUGCCGCGGUCAUGGACAUGAGCGGAGAGGGCGGCGGCGCGGGGGCGAGCGCGCUGCAGCAGCGGUGGUACGAGAGCCGCCUUAACGGCAGCCCUGCCGCCGGCGACGUCAACGCGGAGACCAAUGGAGACGGCUUCUUCCAUUCUCCGCUCGAAGGGGGCCACCAUAGCCGCGCCCGCUACUACCAUCAGCAGAUGCACGCCCCCUACUCGGCCGCUGUCGGUUCGCAUGGUCGAACGUUAAGCGGUAGCAGUGGGCAGGUGUGUCGGCCUCACUUCCAUACGCCUCUGCAUCCUUGGCUCGAGUCUAAGGCGCUGGGGAGCGGGGCGUGGGGAGGAGGCUUCCAACAAGAUGGUUCCUCGGGCGACAAACCGCUGUCACCAGCACAACACCCUCAUCCCCAUCCUUUGUUUUCAUUUCCUCCGACUCCUCCGAAAGACUCGACGCCGGACUCUGUGGCUGCGGCGGCUCUCGGUCAACAGGACUACCAGGCCGCGGUAGCGCAUGCCACAGCGAUGAGCGUCGCCUUCAUGCAGCAACAACAAGAGCUGCCCCUCUGCGGAGACGUCAAACCAAUGAUGGGCGCGCCGCCUUCCAAACAGCGCGAAGGUGCGCAACCGGACUCUUGCGCCCAGGACACGAGUCAACCCUCCGGGGAAUACAACGCUCAGUACAAUGCCGCCGGCGGCGACUACUACAACUAUCAGGGGAAAGGUUAUAGCGGAGCGCAGCAGCAGAACAAGCCGCGACCGAACAAGACGCGAACUAGCGCCGAGGGUCGAGAGUGCGUCAACUGUGGGGCGACGAGCACUCCGCUGUGGCGACGAGACGGCACCGGACACUACCUCUGCAACGCCUGCGGUCUCUACUACAAGAUGAACGGACAAAACCGACCAUUGAUCAAGCCUAAACGAAGAUUGGUGAGUUCGUUACAAAGUGCGGCCCGACGGGCGGGAACCUCGUGUGCGAACUGUAAGACGACCACAACGACAUUAUGGAGGAGAAACCAGAACGGAGAACCUGUAUGCAACGCUUGCGGACUCUACUACAAGCUACACAACGUAAACCGACCUUUGACGAUGAAGAAGGAAGGUAUCCAGACAAGAAAUAGGAAGUUAAGCAGUAAAAGUAAGAAGAAGAAGGGAGGAAUGGGAAUGGGCGGUGGGGGAGCUUGUGCUUUAGCGCUCGGCGGAGUCAUGGGAGACAUGAUAAAGCCUCUCGGAGACGCUACCAAAGGAUUCGGAGGCUCAGCCUUCCCGUCAGCUAUGGAUUUCGGUCAGCACCAAGUGGGCUUAGUCCACCCGGCGGCCGCGCACAUGUCCCACUGGUACGGAGCGCCCCAUCAGGGUUUCGCCCCACCACCGACCUCCCACAACCCUUACCAUCACCAUCACCUUGCGCAGCUCAAUUCUAUGGUAAGUAGAAAUUUCAAUAUAAAAUAUUUGUAACACCAUAGUUAAUGAUAUGAUAUGAUUAAACUCUUUUUAAACAUUAAAACAUUAAACAUUAAUCUUUAAACAUUAAAAAUGCAAUAAACAUUUAAUUUUCUAUUAGAGAAACAUGACAAACUGUUUUUUGUAUUGUGGACUAACUAUCAUAUCUCAACAGUACCGUACCAGAAACAUUCCUUAAAGUACGGACAGCAAAAAAACAAUUCAAUAACUAAGCGUUUAAAACUCAACCGUCACAAGCUAGUCUCACGAGACCUGGUCCCGCGUGUACUGGUGACAAGAACAUAUAUACCCAGACCUCGAAUUCCAGACAUCUUUUGAAAAAGUACUGACUCUUACCGAGAAUCCAAACUGGAUCCCGUUGAAAAGUAAUCAGCACCGAUCGUGUGACCAAUAAACGAUAUUUAAGACUCCUGAAUACCGUCGAUCACCAAUAAAUAAAAUAAAUAAACAAUCAAACUAUAAUAAGCAGUCGUUUCGUUCAUCGUAAAAAAUAUAUCCUGUGUUUUAUGAAUUCGUGAAUUGGCUAUGAGCGAAAUUGAUUAAAAUUCGUGAAUAUUUGCGCGAUUGAUUAACGAACAUACAAAAUUUUACAUUCAUACUACGAGUAUUAUUUUAGAUUAGCAGAAGAUAGUGAGAUUGUCAAAUUAAUGGCACUUUUCUUUUGUUAAUCUUAUUUCAUGACAUCGCAAUAUAAUUGAUGUUACGGGUCCUUCUCCUUCCGUCACGUACAUACUUGUUGAACGUCAAAAAGAACUACCGCCAAUUCACAAAAAACUAGCCUCCGUCCUGAGAAGAACUGGCAAGAAACUCAGCGAACAUGUCUUUUUUCUUAUUUUUUUUUUUAAAUAUUAAUUUUUACAAUGAGUAUUAUAACGUAACAAUUAUUGCAAUAUUGAAACGGCCGGAGCAAGCAACUCAUUCCCACUUUGUGUAAUGCUGAGGGUCGUGGCUUUUUCUAAUAACUUUCUCUUGGAUUAUUCUGCGCCACCCCUACUUAUACUCGGAUGUGUGGAUAGCAACGUGAACUGGAGUGUUAAGUUUACAUGUUACAUGUAAAUAUCUAUUUAAUACGCUUAUGUUUGUUUUAUUUGCAGACGGGUUGGAGGAGUGAAUACACGUGAUAAGUCAGCCAACUUGAGGACCUAGUAAUCGGAUAAGAAUAUUUGUAUCUCUCGUGAUAAUUUACACGUCUUAGCCGUCCUAGUCACAUGGGAUGAUCACAUGAUGGGAUGAAAGCAUGCCCCAUGAAGAAAUCCGAGGAAACCUUAGAAACAGACGCUGUGAUUUCAAACGAUUUACAGACUAAUCUAUAAAAGGAUAAGAUUUAUUUUAAAACAUCACAUUUUAAUGAGACUGCAAACUGAAUUGACGUUUGUAAAAUUUUACAAAAAAUAAUAAAAUAAUAUGCAGAAUUGUUUGAACAUAUCUGAUUCUGAAUACUUAUGUCCCAUUGUAAACCCCAAAUGAGACUUUAUUAUUCCGCGUUCAGUUUCCUUCAAGUAUUAUUAAUUAGUUCACAUCUGUCGUAUAAAAUAGAACAAUGACAUCACAGUAGAUAAGUAAUGCUAUUUACGGAAUUGUUUUUAGAAAAUAUUGAUCGAUCAGUAGAUUAGGAAGAAAGAGUCUUUAUUAGUUUAUCAAAUUAGUGGAAAAGGAAAAAGAACAUUUUAACAUAAAUCGUCAGACCCAUUUUAACAUAUGUGUUGAUUGAAAUCGGAGAUGGUAUAACAUAAAUGGGAACAGUGAGAACGGGAUAGCAAUGAACAAUGAAUUUUAUAAUUUUUCUAGAACGUAUACAGGUAAAAUUAAAGUAUCGAUAACAUGGCGAACAUUUUUCAAUUAGUUUUCACUUUAUAUGAGAGAUGUGAACUAACAUAAUUUGAAAAGUUAAGAACGAUUUUACAUGAAGUAACUAUACUAGCGAAAUUGUACAGUAUUAUAAUAUUAGCUAAGGUCGGUCACGAAGUCGGCUUAUACGAUAAGGUAAUAAGUAUAGUUCAAAAACAUUAUUUGUGUAUUUUGUAAAUAAAUUAAGUUACAAAUUCUGUUCCUUUGUAAAUUGCGUUUAAUUAUUAUUUUUUAUUAAAUAUUAUUUAAUUUUGUCGGAUUGUAUCGCUGUAAACGUUGCGAUGUGUUCAGAGAAUACGAGAAAAGAUUGUCUUUUUUUGUAAAUUUAUUUCUGUAAAUGUUAUCGAACGAAUGCAAUAGUAAUUUAUGUAAUAGAUAAUAAAACGUUGUAUUUGUAAAUAUUUACAGUUUUGAAUUGAGAAUUAAUUUUGAACGAUUUCAAGAGAAGCCGGUGACUAUAAUUGUACACUUUAUUUUGUAUAAUAUUAAUAUGUUGAUUUGAGAAAAGAAUUGUAUGAAACAAACAUAUGUAUAACAACUAUCUAUGCCGUUGUAAAAUUUUAAGAUAUCGAGUGGCCAUACAUUAAGAGGUGUCAUUUUUAUCAAAAUAUAAUGAAUUUUGUUUAAUUUAUUUUCCAUUUGCAACUAAAAAAAUAUUAUUGAAGAACUAAUGAAUAAAUUCUUAAAAAAAAUAUUCGCUAUAUAAGUACUUCAUUGUGAUUUUGAUAAACAAGGCAUUUGAACCCCAAAAAAUGUAAAUAUGAAAGUGUAAAUUAAACAGUAGACGAUAAAUUAAAAUGUUUAUUAAAAUAAUUAAAAAGACGUGUACAUUAGAAAUCGCCACAAACAGCCUUUAUUUACGAUAUCCCUUACCUAAAGUUUUUAGUUUAUAAAACAAAACAUUCUGAAGUUGUGUAUUUUAAAUGAAGUUGUAAAUAAAUUAUCAAUAUUGAUUUGAAA